AUGCUUCAAGCACAGAUCACGGUACUAUCUAACGAGAACCAACUUCUCCGGCUGCAGUUACGAGACGCAAAGCGUGGCAACUUUGCGAUAUUCCACUGCAUUACCGAGGAAGAGGGUGAGAAGGUCUACCUUGGGCGACCGCGUUGGGCCAGAUGCGGCGAGAGUUUUGUACUCAAGGCGAGAUUCCCUGUGCAAUAUCCUGAGGCAUACGGUCUUUACAAAUGUCUCCAUUUCGUGGUUUACAAGACCUACUCAGCCAAUGUACGCGCGCAACCCAGUAAGCCUUUGGGGCGGAAUAUCGGAAGCAGGAUGCCAGAGCCUCAUCCCGAUAGCGAAAUCAUCAAGCUUGUCUCGCAGGACUUGAUGAGAGCCAUGGAAAAGGUUGCGAACACAGAUGAAGCCACACAGGGGAUGAUUCCCGGCCUCGUUUGUGACAAAGAGCUUCGUGCACCGCAUCUAUGGUGGUACCAUUAUCGCAACCGUGUGAACAUGCUUGAUGGUUUGACGCCUUCACAGGCAGAUGCCAUGCAAAGUCUGUUGCAGUGGUUGGAUGAAGUCUACGGUACAUCCCACAAUCGAGUUGACGACCAAUUCAAGCGUGGAGUGGUCUCUGCGUCUUCUAUGGGUUACUUGAUCCAUCCUGGAGAUGUUUUGGUGUACAGGAGUGAAGACAGUUUUGAAGCCUGUCUAGCAACGUCCUGGUUACAACAAGAUGCAACAGGGGUCAGUACUGAAAGACCAAGCGAGGUUCCUCCACGUCCAUUCCACAAAGAGUCUGAACGCAGAUGGAAAGUGGAAGCGUGGUCAUACAGGUACACUGGCGAAUUCUAUCAAACCAUAAAGAGACUCAGCAUACAACUGGACGCGAAAUCGACUCACGAUGCUGAAAUAUCCAUCACUGACUUGGACGUGUUUCCCCUCCGGUUCGCCUCGCAAGAGGUGCGAGACUUGCUUGAACGACGAGGCAAAACCUUUUGGGACUGUCGCAAUGGCAAAUAUGUCUCUUGCAGCACAAAGGACACGAACUACGCCCCGGAGCAGCGCUACAUGAUCGACUGUCGAACAUAUGAUAAUAUAAGCCAAACGUACGGGUUGAGCGGAAAUGUAGCGCACAAUGAAGAGGUUUUAAAGGUCAUGAGGGUGACUCCGGCAUUCAUCGACCAGGAAGAUGCUCCGUCUGAGCCAGACCUGUAUCUUUUCCCUCGUACUGUCAUGGGCUACGACCUUGAACGGAAAAGAUGGGAGGAUGUCGACGUCGACCGCAUUCGAGACAUAGCCUGGAACAAGAACGCAUUCAGCCAUCGCGGCACAGAGUUCGAGACCAGAGAGCUAACACAGGCCAUCAUCGCGAGUCACAUUGCUUCACAGACAGCGACCGGCAUGCCACAGAGCAAAGACAAUGGCCUCGUCAUGCUUCUGCAAGGAGCUACCGGAACGGGGAAGACAUUCACAGUCGAGAGAGCUGCCGAAGUUUUUGAAAGGCCCCUCUACAUUAUGAGUUGCAGCGACAUUUGCAAGCUCCGAUAUUUAGAGGACAGUCUGAAAGAAGUCUUUAGCCUUGCAAAAGCCUGGGGUUGCAUAGUUCUGUUGGCCGAGGCAGAAGCGCUUCUCGAAUGGCGCACUUUCAAUGACACGGCCCAGGAAGCUCGUGUCUCGGCCUUCUCACAUGCUCUCAAAGGCUAUGACGGGAUUCUUAUCCUAGAGUCAAAUCACCUCGGUGAACUUGACGAAGCUCUCAAGCCACUCAUUCAGCUCGUCUUGCACUAUGAGCCUCUAACGCAACCGCAGCGGGCACACGUCUGGCGCGACCUGUUUAGCAAUCUCAAGUUGCUGUGCGGGAACGAAAUUGACUUUGACAAUAUUGCUGGCUACGUUGAUGAGCUGGCCAAGAGAGAAAUGAAUGGACACCAGAUGCAAAGCGUUAUUACUAGGGCUCGGCAGUUGGCGCAGUUCCAGAAGAGCAAAAUGAGUGCUGGCCACCUGCAAUCGGUUGUCAAGUUGAUACAUUUCCCCUAG